AGUUGAGCGCUUGAAGCAGUUCCACAAUCAGUCAAUAUGUCAGCCUUGUUCAACUUCCAGUCCCUCCUCCUGGUGAUCCUCCUGAUCAUCUGCACAAGCACCUACGCCCACUCCAUGAUGCCCGGGAUCAUGGAUCGCAACCAAAACGGCUUCUUCGGGAUAUUCUGGAAAUGCGCUCGGAUCGGGGAACGACUGAGCCCAUACGUCAGUCUUUGCUGCAUCUUGAUGGCGGUUUCGAUUUUCCUCGGUGGUUGAUGGGGUCCUUUAUCGUCGACCCUCUUCUUGGCAAAUGGAGUUUAUCAGUAUUCUAGCCGGGACUAUAUUUGAUCUAGAUCACGUUCUGUGGAGUUUAUGUCAUUGCCAUGGUUUCUUAUUCAUUGUCUUUCAUAUUGUACAUAAGUUGAUGAUUUAUACAGCAGUCUGCUGGGGUGUCG